AUGAAGUUCUCCGCUGCCGCCCUUGUCCUCGCCGCCGCCGGCGCCAUGGCCCACAAGAACGUCACCUACGUCACUGAGGUCGUCUCUGCCUACACCACCUACUGCCCUGGUCCCACUGUCAUCACCCACGCUGACAAGACCUACACCAUCACCACGGUACGUCGAAUUCGAGAGGCCACCACCCUGACCAUCACUGACUGCCCUUGCACUGUCACCAAGCCCGUCAUCACCUCCUCCAUCGUCAAGUGCGAGAACUGCGCCGCCCCCACCAAGAACGGCACUCUCCCCGUCGCCACCCCCGCUCUCAGCAAGACCACCGUCGCCGGCACCGCUGCCAUCACCCCUACCAAGCCCGUCUCGGUCCCUACCGCCGGUGCUGGCAAGGCCGCUGCCCUUUCUGGAGCCGGUCUGGCCGGUGUCCUCGGAUUCGCUGCUUUCGUCCUCUAA